GGGAGAGGGAUAUAUUCGUCAGCUUUCUAUUUUUAUUUGUUGCUCUGUGAAAAGAUAAAAAAGAAAAAGAAAAAACUCUGUAAUGCUUCACCUAUAGGCCUCUUGCUUCUCCCUCUCUUCGCCGGCAGCCUUGAUCUCAACGGAAACCCCUCCGAUCAGCGGAUUCGAUUCGAUAAUCGAAUCCAGGGACUCAUAUUUAUUUUCUGUCCAUACUCUUGCACACAAAUUGUGUUGUUUUGUUUUCAUUUCGCCAUUUUAGUAUCGUUAAUCGUGAGAUACAGAGUUCUUAAUCAUUAAUUUAGAUGGAGGAUUAUGGAGGGAGUGACGAUGAGUGCUAUUACUCUGAUGAUCGAGAAUCGCUCAACGGUCUUGAGAAUGAGGACUCCGAUUUUCAUUGGGACCCUUCUAAGGGUCCCACUACCAGGUGGAUACUUGAUUUGGAAAAGUGAUCACAUUUUUAGGUUCUCACUUGGCCUUUUGCAGAUAAUCACAAAGGAAUCCCUUUUGGCUGCACAGAGGGAAGAUUUGCGCAGAGUAAUGGAACUGCUAACACUGAGGGAGCACCAUGCAAGGACCUUAUUGAUACAUUACCGUUGGGAUGUUGAAAGGCUAUUUGCUGUGUUUGUAGAGAAGGGGAAAUCAUGCUUGUUUACUGAAGCAGGUGUUACUGUGGUUGAGCAACUAGAUAUUGAUUCACCCCUCACUUCGUCUUCUACGAUAACGUGUGAUAUAUGCAUAGAGGAUGUAUCUGGCAAUAAGGUGACAAGAAUGGACUGUGGCCAUUGUUUUUGUAAUGAUUGUUGGACAGAGCACUUCAUUGUGAAAAUCAAUGAGGGUCAGAGUAGGCGCAUCCGGUGCAUGGCGCACAAAUGUAAUGCUAUCUGUGAUGAAGCUGUUGUCAGAAGUCUAGUCAGUAAAAAGCAUCCUGAUUUGGCAGAGAAAUUUGAUCGUUUUCUUCUUGAAUCAUACAUUGAGGACAACAAGAUGGUUAAAUGGUGCCCAAGCACUCCUCACUGUGGGAAUGCUAUACGAAUUGAAGAAGAUGAAUGUUGUGAGGUAGAAUGUUCAUGCAGUUUACAAUUUUGUUUUAGUUGCUUGUCAGAAGCACACUCUCCUUGUUCAUGUUUGAUGUGGGAGCUUUGGAGCAAGAAAUGUCGCGAUGAAUCUGAAACAGUUAAUUGGAUCACAGUUCAUACAAAGCCUUGUCCUAAGUGUCACAAACCCGUUGAGAAGAAUGGUGGCUGCAACCUUGUGAGCUGUAUAUGUGGUCAAUCGUUUUGUUGGCUGUGUGGUGGAGCAACUGGGAGAGAUCAUACAUGGUCUAGAAUAUCGGGUCACAGUUGUGGUCGCUAUAAAGAAGACCGAGAGAGAAAAACGGAACGCGCAAAACAGGAUCUCUAUCGAUAUAUGCACUAUCAUAACCGGUAUAAGGCUCACACGGAUUCCUUUAAGCUUGAAAGUAAACUUAAGGAGACAAUCUUGGAGAAAGUGUCAAUAUCAGAAGAGAGAGAAUCAAGACUUAGGGAUUUCAGCUGGGUAACUAAUGGACUAUACAGACUUUUCAGAUCAAGACGGGUUCUUUCAUAUUCAUACCCGUUUGCAUUUUAUAUGUUCGGCGAAGAGCUUUUUAAGGAUGAGAUGACAAUGGAGGAAAGGGAAAUUAAACAGAAUUUAUUUGAGGAUCAGCAACAGCAGCUUGAGUCAAAUGUUGAAAAACUCUCUAAGUUCCUGGAGGAGCCCUUUGAGCAGUAUACUGAUGAUAAAGUCAUGGAAAUAAGGAUGCAAGUCAUCAAUCUAUCUACAAUCACUGAUAAUCUGUGUAAGAAAAUGUAUGAGUGCAUAGAAAGUGAUUUAUUGGGUUCUCUUCAACUAGGUACCCACAACAUAGCUCCCUACAAGUCAAAGGGCAUUGAGAAGGCUUCAGAACUAUCUUGUUGGAGCAACAAAGUCAAUGCUACUGAUAAAUGCCUACCAUCAGAUAGCAAUGCUAGCGGUGGCAUAUCACAACAUGAUAGACCUUCGGGCUCUAGGAGUUCAGCUGAUGGUGGAUGCUCUUCUCGGAAGCGUGCUAGGAAGGAGGGAGGUGGCUUUUUAGAUCUGAACUUGCCAGCAGAGAUUAUGGAUAGAAACUGAAUUCAGUCUGAGUGCAGACUUGAUACAACUAAAGUGUACAGCUCUAACUCAAGGCCCUUUCCUUCAUGGAAUUGAUCAUUUGUGGAUUAAGCACCACAAAGUGCUUUGCCUUUUACCCUUAAUAGCUUUUUGUUCAGCAUUUGACUUGCUUUCCCUCAAUGGGGGAUGUCCUGGAAUAGAAAUUUGUUUCCAA